CUCGACCGAUUUGGACCACACAAGACCCACCGACCAGUGCGAGGUAUACCUGAAGCACACGACGACAUUGCAAUAACCGUAUCCCCGAAACCAUAAGUCGGUUUCGUGUACUAUAAACGUAUAAAGACGCACGCAGCGAAAACUACGCGAACAUGCAGCAGUUCUGGAUCUCGAUGUUGUUGGUGAGUGUCGGCGCGUCCUUAGUCUGCGCGGAUGCCGUGAAGGCCGCCUCCGCCGCCGCUGAGAAGCCGACGGAAAAGAAGCAGGGCAAGCGAGGCCUCUGGGGCUUGGGCUAUGGAUACGGUGGACACAGCGAGUGGGACGGUCUGUCCAACUACGGUCUGUUGGGCACGGACCACAGCUACGGACACAUCAGCUCCGUGCACGUCACCAAAGAGGUGCCAGUCAUCGUUGACCGACCGAUCGUCGUGCCGGUCGAGAAACACGUGCCGUACCCGGUGGCCGUCGAGAAACCAGUGCCGUAUCCCGUGCACAUCGAGAAGCACGUCCCGGUGCCCGUAGAUCGCCCAGUGCCAUACCCGGUCAAGGUACCGGUCAAGAUCCCGGUCGCCCAUCCCGUGCCCUACCCCGUGUACGUGCAACAGCACUUGCCCGUCUACGUCAAGGAACACCACGGGCACGGUUACGGAACCUACGACUUCGGUCACGACCACGGUUACGGUUUCAGCAGCAGUUACGCGAUCCACCACUGAUGGUGUUUCUAUAUACGUUGCACAGUUUAUUAUUAUCAUUAAGUAUUAUAAUUUAUACGAUAAGCUCGCCCGUCCACGACGCACCGCAGUCGUGUCGCGCAUCAAUAACCGUUUGUAAUUAAUUACUUUUUAUACCUAUUUUAAUGCGUAGGUAUAGAUUAUAUAUUUUAUAUAUAUAUAAAUUAUAAUAAAUUAUAAGUUUAUAAUAUUGUAA